AUGGAAAAUCACCAUCAAGCUCUUGGGCCGAAAAUGACGAAACAGAUACCUCAUCAGUUGACCGAAGGUAUGAGGAUGGCCCGCCUUACUGUCGUUCAAUCUAUUCUCUUCCAGCCGCAUCGCAAGAGGUUUUUUGAGGAUAUGAUUGCUGGAGAGAGCUGGAGCUUCUACGAUGCCAACAGUGCUGUUUGGGUUCCGCGCGUAAGCAGGUUCGGAUGCACGUAUAUGACUAUGGAAAAUCACCAUCAAGCUCUUGGGCCGAAAAUGACGAAACAGAUACCUCAUCAGUUGACCGAAGGUAUGAGGAUGGCCCGCCUUACUGUCGUUCAAUCUAUUCUCUUCCAGCCGCAUCGCAAGAGGUUUUUUGAGGAUAUGAUUGCUGGAGAGAGCUGGAGCUUCUACGAUGCCAACAGCCAUCGUGCUGUUUGGGUUCCGCGCGACGUACCUACUAUGACUCUAAAGGAAAACCGUGGAAGCAAAGACAAAUACCCUUAUAACGACGACCGUCAGCGUUGGGUAAACCCAAUGACGAGCCGUGUGGCAGUUAAUAUGUUUGCGCUACAACAACGUGCUGCCAUCAUCGAUUGCUUCGUAACGUACAUGGAUUACAACAGCCGUCUCACCUACUUUCGGGAUGACGACAUCAAACCCAAACCAAAGGGAGGAGCAGCAAACCAGACUAAAAAGCGGGAUGCUCAUUGA